CAGCAGCAGCAGCAUUGUUGGGGGGAGGUGGAGGAGCAGCCGCAGAGGUGCUGGCAGCCAGAACGCCCAAAAACGCGAGAACAGAUGAGACCAUGUUGUAGACGUGGGGGAAGCUCAGUGCAACGUGACAAAAGGAGUGUGACAGAGACUGAUGAGGAUGCCGAUCUCUCUGGGCAGGCUGCUGCAAGUCCAGGGGAGAAGUGUCGACUGGCCUGGGUGCGACGAGUGAGAGAGAGGCAGGCAGGUCAGAGAAGCCCAGAUUUACGACGCCCACGGCAGCACAUCAGGAAAAUAUCAAACGCAUGUGAGUCGGGACGGCCCAGGUCUUCGGGAUCGUGCAAGCGAGCCGCCGUCGUUGCCAGCCGGGUGCUCGUCUCCGGGCCUCGAGGCUGGGCUGUUCCGGUGGCCAGGGAUGCGCAUGACGGCAGAGUAUCCAUGGCAUGGACCCUUGUGAGCCGGGCAGGCAGACAACCCACCCGCGCCACCACCCUGGAUCACCUUGUCACAGGCCAGACGCAAGCAUGCCGGCAUCCAUCGAAGCUGUCCCAAAGAUUCCCGGCAGUCUUUUCUGUAUGACCAUGCAAUGCAGGCUUGGCAGGAUGUUGCUGAAGAUGGAUUCCCCGUGUGUAAGUCCUUGGAGGUAUUGCUUCACGAGAAGUGGCGCAUAGAGGAAUGUGUGUUGACCCGGUUCUACACCCCCUGCUCCUUGUCACACUCAAAGUAUGCAGCUCACCAGCCUCACGGUACCAGUCAUUCGGCGCCUGUAUCUCACCUGCAGGUACUGGCACGCGCCACAUUGCGACUUCACGGCGUGGUGACAGGGUGUUAAAAGGCGCCACCUCGGCACGAGCUCAUCGAAUCACAAUACUCGCGAAAGUCCACCAUCCUGCAGUUGUUUCUUGUUUCCAUUUGCAGGCCAAAAGGACUUAGCCCGCCCAACGUCAGAAGCGGA